GUAAAUUAUGCUAAUGGAAGAUAUAAGAAGCAAGUUCUCCCUAAAACCAUAGAUCUUUAUUGAUGAUGACCAUGGCCCCAGACCUCAUUAAAACCCCUGUGGGGAAAAAGAGUAUCUGGUCUACACGACGACCGCACAUAUCUGAGAUUUAUACAUAAAAUUUCUUGAGAUGGUUGAUAUUCCACGGCCUUGUAAGAGAUCUCCCCUCCUGAUCGGACAAGUGAUACGCUCCGCCUCUUAAGACUUCAGUGAUAAUAUAAGGUCCCUCCCAAUUAGCCUCAAAUUUUCCAGUGGCCUUUAGAGUGUCCGCGCGCUUGAGUACUAGGUCGCCCUUCUGGAGUCGGCGCCGCUUGAUCUUCCUGUCGUAUCCUGCUUUGAUAAUACUCUUGUACUUGGCUGCCUUGACUUGAGCUUCUUCUCUCUUUAAGUCUGUGAGGUCCAGCUCGAGUCUGCGUAGUUCCUCAUUCUGCACUGGAUCAUAUGUACGAAUUCGAUGUGACUCUAGCCUUACUUCUGCUGGUAUGACCGCAUUUGAGCCAUGAACCAAGGUGAACGGGGCUUCACCUGUAGCUAUUUUUGGGCUGGUGCGCAGUGCCCACAGAACCGUGUCCAAUUCUUCUGCCCAUCGUCCUCUGCUUCUUUCCAAUAUUUUCUUGAUGCCUUCGCAGAUGGUGCGAUUAGCCAGCUCUACUUGACCAUUGGCUUGUGGAUGAGCCACUGAGACGAAUCUUUGCUCGAUGUCCAUUCUUGAAAAAAAAUCUUCAAUUUUUCGGCUAGUGAAGUGGGCUCCGUUGUCUGAUAUUAGAACUCUGGGCACCCCAUAUCUACAACAGAUGUUUUUCCAGAUGAACUUUUCGAUGGUGGUCUCUUCCACCCUUGUUACAGCCUCUGCUUCCCAACCCUUCUCCAACUUUCCUCCAUUUAUGCAGUCUGCAUCUCCUCCUAAGUUCUACCAUCACUUUUCUGAUGGAACCUGAAAGAGGAAAAGAUACUAGACGGCGGCGCGAACUCAGCCGGCAACACAAAUCCAGGCGGCAGAGGCGUCACCGGUGAGCAACGGUGGCACGAGCGCAUUGACAUCGAACCCGAACCCGACCCGACCGCAUUGAAACCGCUAAAACCAAUCAUAGUAUUUUUUUUUUCAAAGCAAACUCUUUGCUCUCUUCUUCUUCGACACAACUUGUCGGACGAACCCUAAUUUCUGCGUUGAGAUGAGAUACUUCAAUCUCAUUCGUUCUUCACCUGUCAGAAAGAGAAAGCUAAAGCGUAGGAACAAUGGCGCGCCAGACAAAUACUCAAUGAUGCAAAAAAAAUCUUCGAUGUGUAAAUACGACAAAUUUUGCAGGAGCACAGUCACGUUUAUCUGGCCCCUUGGAUUAUAUUUCUGAAGAAGAGGAUCAUGAAGAGAUCUAUUCUACUAGUCAGUGGGUGUUGAUGAUGAGAGCCAAAAUUGAUACAAGGGAUUGUAUACAAAUAGCUUCUUCAUUCAAAUUACCAACCAAGGAGGAGUUCGAAGAGGAAAAGAGUAAGCGCAUGCCUCGUUCCAAGCUCUGGGAAAGGAUCCACGAUAUUUUUAGGGUACUAUCCGUUUUUGAGCUUUUGAAGGAAGAGAAACCGACAUACAAGGAUUAUGUUAAUCAGCUCGUGAUGGAUCUCAUCACAUAUUCGCGGUACAAUAAGUUUAUGAUUGAAGCUGUAAUGGAGAUGCUGGGUAUAAUGGAAACUAAAGACUAUUUUCUCGAGAGAGAGAAGUAGUUAAAUAUGUGUCUGUGCACCAACACUUUGAAGCAAAGCAAACAUAAGGAAAUGAAGUAGGCCCUUUUCCACAUGUAUCUUACAAAGUGAACUUGUUUUAAGGGAUGCCAAUGUUCUCUGCCAUUUUUCUAUUUUCUCCUUUAAGUAUCAUAAUGAGCCUCCAUGUUUUCUUUCUUUGCAGCAAUAUAUUAAAAUUAAAACAAAAAAUAAUAAUAUGCAAUAAAAUACUUUUAAGAACAAUUAUGUAAAUAAUUUACACAUAAUCUUCAUGAUUUUCAACAUAUUUUGAAAAAAUAAAUACUAAAGUAAUUAAUCACUACUCUUAUUUUUAAAACUGACAUGGUCAUAAUUUAUUUAUAAUAUUUAUUAACUUAUUAACUUAUAAGUUUUAUCAUAGUUAUUAAUUUAAAUAAAUAAAGAGAAGAAAAUAACACAAAAAUAGAAAAUAAUUGUACACUAUAGAGAAAAACAUAAUAAAUUGAAACAAAAUUAUUCACAAGUAAAAAAAUAAUUAGCAAUUCACCCUGAAAAUAUUUUUAUAUUUAUGUAUUUAUAUAAAAUUUAUACCAACUGAAUUAUCAUAUUUAUUAAUUAAUGUAAUAAAAAUUAAAUUUUAACUGACUGUAUAUGAUCUGAAUAUUGAAAAAAGAAAGUAAAGAAGAGUUUGCAAUAAUAAAAUUAAUAUUAUGAAAAGGCAAAAAAAAGUAAAAAAAAAAAGAAUUUAAAGAUAUAUUUAUUCCAAAAAGAAGAUUGAGGAGAGAGAUUUUUUUAAAUAAUUAUGUAAAUAAUUUACAAGUAAUUUAUUAUUGUUAUUAUUAUUAUUAGUUGUCUAUUUAAUUUGAAUUUUGUUCUUAUUUAAUUUAAAUUUAAAAUAGGCUGAAGAGGAGAAAAAACGGGCUGAGUUAAGAUGCGAGUUUGGGCUGUUGGGCCGAAAAUUUAAAUGUUAGUAAUUUUUGGCUACUGAGAGUGCAGAACUUAUGACCGUUGGGUGGACACUUGGGCUGAAGUAAAGGGAAGGGGGACACUAGGGUUUGAGAGACGCCUCUCGGCCGCCUUCUCCCUUCCCCUCUUUUUUGCUGGCCACCGAGGAUUUCAUUUGGAGAAGGCGAAUUGACGUGCAUAUUGACGAGUGAAAAGCGGGCGGGUGGGAAAUGAGGCAGACGCUUGUUGGGGGAACAGAAGGGUCGGAGACGGAGGAUAUGAGAGGAGGAUGUAGAUUGCUGAUGGAUUUGGGGCGUCCAUGGUUGAGCCGUGGGUGUUUUUUGAAGAUUGAAGGAACAAAGCAAGCCGGAUCGAUUAACAGGAAGAUAAAUCCACUACUCCUGUCCGGACGGCCAACUUUCCGGCUGUCGGGAAUUCCGGAAGCUUCCACUCAUGGCAAUGGUUUCUUACAGUGGUUGAAUAUGAAAUGGGAAAAACAUUGUUUAAGUGUCUGAGUUUAGAUGCCUUUUUUUUUAAUACUUUUCUGGUGAUAAGAAGAUUCAUCACUGGAAAUAAAAGCAAGGAAUUUGAUUCUGCUGAAAAAUGGACUUCACAAUUACAGUUUAUGUAGGAGGUGGAGAAGUUGCAUUCACAGGUGCACAAUAGAAAGAACUGGAGAGACAAGCUAUGAUAUGCACAUGCAUGAUUUCCUGUGUUCCUGUGCCGCCUCAUCUUCUCUUUCCCCUGCGGUAUUAGAUACAGCAGAAAAGGAGAUCCGAAGCCCGGGUGGUGCAAGAGGACAGACGGGAAGAAAUGGCGGUUUCAUUUGGAGAAGGCGAAGGAGGCGGCGCCGCCUUGUCAGCAUUGACGGUGCAUAUUGACGGGUGAAAAGCGGGCGGGUGGAAAUGAGGCAGACGCUUGUUGGGAGAACAGAAGGGGCGGAGGCGGAGGAUAUGGAAGGAGGAGGAUGCAGAUUGCUGAUGGAUUUGGGCGUCCAUGGUUGAUCCGUGGGUGGCUUCCCAGCGAGAAACUGCUGGUCAGACUUUAGAUCUCAUCAAGAAAGAGAAAGCUAAAGCGUAGGAACAAUGGCGCGCCAGACAAAUACUCAAUGAUGCAAAAAAAUCUUCGAUGUGUAAAUACGACAAAUUUUGCAGGAGCACAGUCACGUUUAUCUGGCCCCUUGGAUUAUAUUUCUGAAGAAGAGGAUCAUGAAGAGAUCUAUUCUACUAGUCAGUGGGUGUUGAUGAUGAGAGCCAAAAUUGAUACAAGGGAUUGUACAAAUAGCUUCUUCAUUCAAAUUACCAACCAAGGAGGAGUUCGAAGAGGAAAAGAGUAAGCGCAUGCCUCGUUCCAAGCUCUGGGAAAGGAUCCACGAUAUUUUUAGGGUACUAUCCGUUUUUGAGCUUUUGAAGGAAGAGAAACCGACAUACAAGGAUUAUGUUAAUCAGCUCGUGAUGGAUCUCAUCACAUAUUCGCGGUACAAUAAGUUUAUGAUUGAAGCUGUAAUGGAGAACUUAUGACCGUUGGGUGGACACUUGGGCUGAAGUAAAGGGAAGGGGGACACUAGGGUUUGAGAGACGCCUCUCGGCCGCCUUCUCCCUUCCCCUCUUUUUUGCUGGCCACCGAGGAUUUCAUUUGGAGAAGGCGAAUUGACGGUGCAUAUUGACGAGUGAAAAGCGGGCGGGGUGGGAAAUGAGGCAGACGCUUGUUGGGGGAACAGAAGGGUCGGAGACGGAGGAUAUGAGAGGAGGAUGUAGAUUGCUGAUGGAUUUGGGGCGUCCAUGGUUGAGCCGUGGGUGUUUUUUGAAGAUUGAAGGAACAAAGCAAGCCGGAUCGAUUAACAGGAAGAUAAAUCCACUACUCCUGUCCGGACGGCCAACUUUCCGGCUGUCGGGAAUUCCGGAAGCUUCCACUCAUGGCAAUGGUUUCUUACAGUGGUUGAAUAUGAAAUGGGAAAAACAUUGUUUAAGUGGUUGAAUAUGAAAUGGGAAAAACAUUGUUUAAGUGUCUGAGUUUAGAUGCCUUUUUUUUUUAAUACUUUUCUGGUGAUAAGAAGAUUCAUCACUGGAAAUAAAAGCAAGGAAUUUGAUUCUGCUGAAAAAUGGACUUCACAAUUACAGUUUAUGUAGGAGGUGGAGAAGUUGCAUUCACAGGUGCACAAUAGAAAGAACUGGAGAGACAAGCUAUGAUAUGCACAUGCAUGAUUUCCUGUGUUCCUGUGCCGCCUCAUCUUCUCUUUCCCCUGCGGUAUUAGAUACAGCAGAAAAGGAGAUCCGAAGCCCGGGUGGUGCAAGAGGACAGACGGGAAGAAAUGGCGGUUUCAUUUGGAGAAGGCGAAGGAGGCGGCGCCGCCUUGUCAGCAUUGACGGUGCAUAUUGACGGGUGAAAAGCGGGCGGGUGGAAAUGAGGCAGACGCUUGUUGGGAGAACAGAAGGGGCGGAGGCGGAGGAUAUGGAAGGAGGAGGAUGCAGAUUGCUGAUGGAUUUGGGCGUCCAUGGUUGAUCCGUGGGUGGCUUCCCAGCGAGAAACUGCUGGUCAGACUUUAGAUCUCAUCAAGCCUCGGUGCUGCCGUGUGCGGACCAAAACAUUGCCGAGCAGCCCAGCCACGACUUACUACCCACGCCCAUUCCUUCGCCAAACAAUAACGAAGGGCACAUCACCGAUGAUGGGAUGGAACUUCAACGAUCAUACCGUGAAGUAAUGAUGAAGGAUGUGGACGAAAAUGGCCCAAAUAAGGAGGAUCCAAUCACCGAAGUCGACGACCUCGAAUGUUUUGACUCCCCUACAAGGGUGGUGAGACGUAUUGAGCUUGGCAACCUUGGUGAGCAUGAAAAAGACUUCUAUAUUGGCCUCCAAGAUGAGUGGUUUGAAUCCCCAUGGGUAAGGAACUUGGGGAAUUUCAACAACAAAGUUAUCGUCAAUCCUUCACUCCUCUCUCUUCCAAAAUGCGAACCAUUAAUUGUUAAUGAUACUCUAAUUUUGGAUGAUAAAGACUAUAUUGCCACAAAGCAUGCUUGGGGUUUUUGUCUUUUUGGCUUUAUUGCAGGAAAACUCCCCAAGAAAGAGAGAGUAUCGGAGUUUGCCAAGACUUGGCCGGUAGGAUGCAAGAUCUCUUACCAUGAGGAAGGAUGGCUUGUCUUUGCCUUUGAAUCCGCCGAGGACCGUGACAGGAUUUACCGUGGAGGCCAUUAUGCCAUUGAGGGAUCCAAACUGUCCUUGUGUCAUCUUCCUCCGGAUUUCACCUUUGAUGUUUCGGCUAUUAACAAGUACUCGGCGUGGGGAUUCCUCCCUAACCUCCCACUCGAGCUUUGGAAUGAGAGAGCUAUUUCCAAGAUUGCAUCUCUCAAUGGAACUCCUAUAUCCGUUGAUGUCAAGACCUUCUACAAGAGUGACGUGACGGCGGCUAGAUUCCAAAUCCUUGUUGACGCCACAAAACCGCAAGCAAAGAAGAAUGUUUUUCUCAAGUUGCCUAAUGGGAAAACAAUCAACCAAAGAAUCAUGUUCGACCAUUUCCCUAAACUUUGCGCUUAUUGCCACAAGCUUGGCCAUCAUGAGGGGGAAUGCAAGAACAUGGGUACCGUGGCUCAAAAGGAGGCAAAGAAAAAGAACAAGGGUGGCGAACCGACACAUGGCAAUGAAAACGAUGGGUGGACCAAAGUAACCUAUCGCAAGGGACGUAGUCGUACUCGUCGUGAUGUUCAGAGUGCUCCUCCAUCAAAUAGGAAGAAGACUCUGGGUCACAAGAGCAAGCCCCCACCACCCCAACAUCAAAAGGUGUAUGUACCAAUCAAGAAAACCCCUCCUCCACCGAAUACUCACAUUAGGUUUCCUAGUCCAACGCCAUCCUAUGACGGGAUGGUGGAAGAUUGAGAAACUCGAUUUGAGUGUGAAGAUGUGCAUCAAAGCCUACACCUUGAGGAAACGGAAGUGCAAAAUCAAGAAGGAAGAACACUUGUGGGGGAAACCUCACCACUUGACGAUUUGUGCUCACUGCCGCCCAGCCACUCACCAUCCGCUGGACACCUUCACUCGGCAGUAAGCAUAGCCUCGCCAGCGGCAGCAUCCCAGCCCUCGCCUUCGGCAAAAAAUUCCUCGCUGAUUGCUCAUGCACACUCGGCUGAUCACUUGCGUGGGCCCUCGGCGAAGCAGUCCUCGCCGAUAGGACACUCAAACUCUCCAGUCAGCACGCCCGUGUCGAUAAGAGAUGAGGUUUUUGCCUCGGAUCGAAUUGAGACACCCGUCUCGGCGCCUAGCGCCUCGGCGGGGGGCAUUUUGGCGGUUGCUUCGGCGCCUAGCGCCUCGGCAAUCACCUCCGUGGCUGCUUUGAGUUUUGAGGAUGCACAGCCACCAUGCUCGCCGGUUGGACAGCUUGCUCCACGUCCAACAAUUUUGGCUCUCGAAGCCCCUACAAAGUCAGACCAGAGAUUGGAUAAAGCCAAGGCCGAAAAGCAACAAAAACAAAAAACCAAUGGAAAGGCCAAAGGCAAAGGUAAAGGAAAGGUUAGUAACACUCCUAAAAAACGUUCCUCAUGAUUUGUGCAACAUGGAACAUCCGGGGAUUGCAUAAACCCCAUAAACAAAAUGCAAUUUUGGAGUUUUUGAAAAAACAUAAAGUUGGGCUUUUGGGACUUAUUGAAACUAAGCUUAAUUCCACUAAGGUGAAAAAAAUCAUGGGAAAAAUCUUACCGCAUUGGAAUUUCGAGCAUAAUUUUGAUUUGUGUAAAGGUGGCCGUAUACUUGUUAUUUGGAAUCCUUCACUCAUUUCGGCCACUUGUUACUA